UUGAUGUUCAUCAUAAAAGCCAAGAUCACAUCUUUCUACGAGUCGGAUUUUGGGUUAGUUGUUGGUUGUUUGGUCUCCGGUAGAUUUUUAAUUUUCUAACUAAUUUUAUUCUUGUAUGAGCACUAUUUUGUUUAUUUGAAACAAUGACUAUUGUAUUUUUGUUAGUAGAUUUUUUACAUUUAUAUUUUAUCCUCUUGAUUUUUAUCACUAUACAAAUGUGUCGAGCACAAGGAACCAUUUCUUCGGGAGAAAUUCAACUGAAAUUGGUUCAUUUGAUUUGGAGGCACGGAGACCGCAACCCAGAAAAGACAUAUCCCACCGACCCCUAUAAAGACCCUUCCUUCUGGCCGGAUGGUUUUGGUGAACUUACUCGAACUGGAAUGAAGCAACAUCACGAGCUGGGAAAAUAUUUCCGAAAUCGCUACAUAACUUCUGGCUUUCUCCAGCCACGCUUUGACCCGAAAGAAGUAUUUGUGGAAUCCUCCAGCCUGAAUAGGACGAUUCAAAGUGCGUUCUCCAAUUUACGGGGGUUCUUUAAUGAGAGUGAACUUAUCACGGAUGCUGAUAACAAUUAUGUCGCUGCCGGAUAUCGACAGAACGCUACUUCUUCCUCUAUUCCAGUGAACCUUCUUCCCAUGAACGAGGACAAUAAACUUCUCCAAGUCAGAGCACCCUGUCCCAAGUGGGAGCAACUGCAUAAAGACUUACCACAAAAUUCGGUCGAAGUUAGAGAAUUGUUAAUCGAACAUGGAUGGCUUUUAAACUACGUGUCUAACCAUAGUGGUCAAGUUAUCAGCAAUUUUAUCCAAUUGAGCCAGUUUAACAACAUCCUUUACAUUCAGACCCUGAAAAACUAUACUAUUCCUGAAUGGACAAGGAAGAUAUUUCCGGGAGGAGCUAUGCAGAAAUUGUCCAACUUUGCAUUCAAAAUGGCAACAUAUACCGAAGAGAUGAAAAGGCUCCGAGGUGGUCCAUUAGUCAAAGAAAUAAUUCGCCACAUGGAUCACCGCGUUCGACGCAAGCCUGGCACUAAACAUCGCAAGUUAUACGCUUAUUCCGCCCAUGACCUGACGCUCACCGCGGUUCUGGACACGUUGGGAGUUUACGACGUCCACCAGCCCAGUUAUGCGAGUGCAUUAAUGAUCGAGCUCAACAUGAACGUUACGUCGGGGAAUUAUUUUGUUGAUGUUUUAUAUCGAAACGACACUUCUCGGGAUCCUUACGUACUUCAGCCCCUUGGAUGCCCACAAGCUUCAUGUGACCUCAAAAUUUUUAUCCGGAAGUUUCAACGAUUCCUUCCCAAAAAUUGGCAUGAAGAGUGCAAAUUGAGCCGAAAGUAAAAGAGUGACCUCUAGUCAUGACCUAAAAAGGCCUAAAAAAUAAUAUGCAUAAAUAUUAAUUAUAAAUAUGACAGUUAACUUAAUAUUGAAAAUUGAAAAUUAUUUACAACAGUACAAACUUUUUAACCAA